AGAAAGUGAAGGUCAAAAACAUUUUUUUUUUUUUUUUUUUAACAUGGAAUAAUCAUUUCAUAACCCUUACGAACUACUUAUUUUUUGGCUUGGAUAUUUUCCUGAGAUGGGGCUGCCGAGUUCUAAGUUCAACCACAAGGUCAGAAAGGUGGUGCCUCUUGAAAGCAAGGACGUUUUUGUAUCCCCGACAGCACCAGGUGUUAACGGACUGCACAGCAUCUGUCAGUUUGGGAGUUUGGAUCCGAGGAGUCCAACAUGGGAGCGACAACUGCCACCAUUGAGAGAGACCCUGUAUGGAAGAGGUGCAAUAGUAUCCAGUCCCAUAUCUUUUGAUGUUCCACUGGACAAAGGAGACACAAGUAGCAUUAUUCAGAAACACCCUCCUCGAAGACUGCAAAAAUUAGAACCUGUGAUACUGCCAUCAAUACUGUCUGCUGAGAGGAUUAUGGGUAUGCAAGACGCUGCUGCCGCAAGGAGAGGAGAGGAGCUGGAAAAUAAAGUGGCUGCAGCCAAACACUCUUCAGCAAGGAGGCAGCACAUUCACAAGAUGCAAAUGCAGGAAAUAAGGCGGAAGCAAGAUGAGGCAGAAAUAAAGAGGAACAUCCACAGGGAAGCCAAGAUCAAUAAACAGAAAAUGAGGGAAAUCAAGGCUAAGAAAGUGAGAGAAAAAGCAAUGAGAUGUCAGGAAGAUGGAGAUUUCCUUCCUGUGGAACAUGAUGAAACUUUUAAUGUGGAUCAUGGUAACACAUUGAAUUGGAUAAUUGGUGAUCCUAGUUCUACCCCUGAUUGCCACCAGCGAGAGAGUAAGUUGAAGAUGUGGUUUCAACCCCAACAAGAUAGAAGCGAGUCAAAUUAUGACAGCUCGAGCUGUGACUCACUAGACAGUUGGAUCAGAAAAGAUGCUAAGAGCCGACGACCAGCCUUAAUCCGGACACGAACUGAGAAAAUCCCUACAUUUGAUGAGUUCUUUGAUCAUGACUUUUAAACAGUUGAUGAUUAUGUUUAUUUUGUACUAAGGCAAAGUGUUUUCCAGUCAUUCACAUUAUCACUGUAUUUGAUAUUAAUGGUUGGGACUGCUGCCUUGCAGAGCUGGGACCUUCAGUUCAGCUGUGACCAAGGCCCAAUCUAUGGGAUUUCUCCAUCUUUUGCUUUCAAAAAGUGUUGAAAUAACUAGACUAUGAAAGUACAGAAUUUUUUUUAGUUAUUUACAAAUACAGGUUGAGUAUCCCUUAUCCAAAAUGCUUGGGACCAGAGGUAUUUUGGAUAUGGGAUUUUUACGUAUUUUGGAAUAAUUGCAUACCAUAAUGAGAUAUCAUGGUGAUGGGACCUAAAUCUAAGCACAGAAUGCAUUUAUGUUACAUAUACACCUUAUACACACAGCCUGAAGGUAAUUUUAGCCAAAUUUUUUUAUAACUUUGUGCAUUAAACAAAGUGUGUCUACGUUCACACAAUUCAUUUAUGUUUCAUAUAAACCUUAUACACACAGCCUGAAGGUCAUUUAAUACAAUAUUUUUAAUAACUUUGUGUAUUAAACAAAGUUUGUGUACAUUGAGCCAUCAGAAAACAAAGGUUUCACUAUCUCAAUCUCACUCAAAAAAGUCAGUAUUUCGGAAUAUUCCGUAUUUCGGAAUAUUUGGAUAUGGGAUAUUCAACCUGUACAUAUCAGUAACUGUGAAUGAAUGAAUCCAUUUAUACAAGCAAUCACGCCAUGCACACUCUAAACACUAUACAAUAGCACUUACCUUACCGUUCAUUAUAAUGCAUCUCCUAAGCAACCCCAGUUAGCCAAGGCCUUCCUUAUUCAUAUAGUGGUCAGAUUCCUGUCUUGUGUGUUUGCUUUACGUUUAGGGAGUGGCUGUGACUUCUCCUCUUGGCUACCAUCACAUGCUUUACCUGGUGAUACUGAAAGAAGAAACAUGAUUGUAGAAAUAUGUAAUAAAAUGAAAAUACUUUAUUUUAUGCAUCAGUUAAUUAUUCUUUACAAUCACUUCAUGACAUUAAAAAUGCGGAAAACUUUUUUUUAUAUGUUGUGCAAAAUUCAACAAAAUUCAACAGUGAAAUUUAUUUAUUUGAACCAGUAUGUGACUUUCAUAUACAGGUUGAG